GCUCAUUGAUGUGUUUUAUAACCUGUGGUUACAAAACCCCAUUGAGUGAAACGAGUGUUUGGUUUCGUUUACUUUUGAGAUUUUGUGUGACUGCUUUGUUUCUUAGUGUUAGAAUAAUUAACUUACAAUAUUAGCCAAGAUGUCUUCAGUUUGUUGUGGAACAAAAAAACAGAAACUAAACAACUCGUAUAGUAACAGUAUAGAUCGACCUUUGAAUGGUUACCAGGAGUCUGUAGCUAUUCCUGAUAUGUGUUACUUUUGUUUCGAUGUUUUGUAUUGUCAGCUGCAUAGUAUGGACCCUCCUCAGACGCCAAACUUUACUAAUGAUGCCUAUCCUUUGUUUGUGACUUGGAAGAUUGGUAAAGAGCACCGUCUCCGAGGAUGCAUCGGGACAUUCAAUGCAAUGCAUUUACAUUCAGGUCUUCGUGAAUACGCAAUAACGAGUGCUUUAAAAGACUCGCGGUUCGCUCCAAUUACUCGUGAGGAGGUGCCGCGGCUGACAGUGUCAGUUUCCAUACUGCAGCACUUUGAGGAGGCCGAGCAUUACCUGGAUUGGAAGCUCGGCAAGCACGGCAUCCGCAUCGAGUUCAUCAGUGAACGCGGCACCAAGCGCACCGCCACCUAUUUACCUCAAGUUGCUACUGAACAAGGUUGGGACCAAAUCCAAACGAUUGACUCUCUGCUGCGAAAGGGCGGGUACAAGGCCGCCAUUACGGGCGAACUGAGACGGAGCAUCAAGCUGACUCGCUACCAGUCCGAGGAGAUCUCCGCCACCUACAACGAAUACAUCAGCCAGCGCUGCUAGCAGACGGUAAACGUGCCCACCCGCACCCAACUUCAUAACAAUCCAAGACUUGUGUAUCGCAGUAAACCUUAUGCACAUAGCAAUAAGAGAUACCGUGGGAAUGGGGCCGGGCAGAGUGUUUACAAAUAUUGUGCUAGAAAUAACGUAGCUUGUAAGUGUAUGUCUAGUGUCCAGAAUCAGUUUGCGAGGAGGCAUUGUGAAGUGAGCGCUCGUUCGACUCGAAAUGUCACCAGUCAGAAUUCUGCUCAAAGUGCAUUGACGAGCCAACCCAGACGAUCCUGUCUGAUUCAAAUUAUUUAAAGUUAAGAUACAACACUGCCAACGACAUUCCUCUGUGGAUACCAUCUUAAGUGCCAUCUCAAUAACUGUAAUGCUUAUGAAUUAAUAUUAACAUUGACUUGCAGGAUUCAUAAUAGCGUCACACGAUUGUAUACUUCAUUAGUUGCAACUAGUUUUUGAGUUAAUUUAAAAUUAAGGGUGUUUUUCAUCGGCAAUACACUUUGAACGAAAUUUUGAAGGACAUAUUUAGUUAUUAUAUUGUUAUAUAACUGUGAGUCUAAUAAUUAAAAACAUUGGUUAGUGAUUUAUGUGUAAUUUGACUCAUGGUUGGCUAGUUAAGGGUUGCCCAUGCUUCCAUUAUUGAUGAUCUUGUAUUACUGAUUGAAUCUACGCAGUUUUUGGUAUGGUUACAAUUUCAUAUUAAAAGUCCAAAUGUAACAUGUAUUAGUCUUAGUAUGUGUUCUUUAUUUGAAUAGUUUACUUUUGGCUUUUCUAUGAUCACUAGUCCAGAGGCUUUAGUACGAGUUUGAUUUAAGUUUAAAGUAUUCGAAACGAGUAUGCGUUCUGCGCUCUGAUUGGCCGGCUCG